AUGCCGUUUUUCAAGCGCAUACGGGAGGAAGAGAAAACAAGAAGAUACCGGCAGCUUCCGUUCCUUGCUGUUAGCAAAGAACCAUCGAAGUGGCCAUCUCCGCCAGACCCCAGAGAUGUCGAUAGACGACUUUGCAAGGUGGACUUGGCAAGGGAGAUGAACAUCAAAGUUGGAGAUCGCGUCCGUGUCCUGUAUGGCAGUGAGAAGGGCAAGCACGGGGUCAUCAGCCGAAUAGUCAGGGAGAAGAACCAGGUGGUUGUGUCGGGCGUCAGUUUAAAGCGAAGCUUCUGGCACCCCGAGCCUGGACCCGGCAAGCCUUCAAUUGUCUCUGUAGAGUGUCCCAUCCACAUCACCAACGUCGUGCUGGUGGAUCCCGUGACCAAGCAGCCGACAAGAGUCAAGAGGCGAUACAUGAUGAACGGCGAAGGCGUUCGGAUAUCCAAGGUCUCUGGGUGUGCUAUGCCGGAGCCCGUGCCUGUGGGCCUCAACGAGCGUGAGCUGCUCUGGAAGAAGCACGAGGAGGGCGUUCUGCGCCAAGAGAAACAGCGGCGUGGGCCACCCAAGGAAGACAUCUUCGGAAACAAGGAGCACUUCAAGGCACUUGUGCGCCUUGUGCGCGAACGGCGCGCUGCCGAAGCUGCGCAGGGCGAGGCUGCUUCACGGGCUUCAUUCGAAAUCGAGUGA